CUAUCCCCUCGCUCCCCUCACACUCUCCUGGCUCUAUCCCCUCGCUCCCCUCACGCUCCCCUCGUUGUCCUCCCUCUCGUGGGACCGGGCGGUACAAUGGUCGUGUGCUGCGCGUCUGGCUGCACGAACCGCACGGGGAAGCCGCCGGGAGUCACCUUCCACAGGCUGCCCAAAGACAAGGACAUGCGGAUGAGGUGGAUCGCCGCCAUUCACAGGGAGCGGUGGCAGCCGACGCACAGUACCUCCAUCUGCUCGGCUCACUUCGUCGAGGGUGACUUCGACAGGACGUCGCUCGUCUACGUGCGCAUCCGCCCCGGCGCCGUCCCUUCCAUCUUCCCGCUCGCCUCUCCUCGCCCGCGCAAGGCCGGCAGGAAGCGGAAGUCAUCAUCGUCGUCGCCUUCGGCUGCGCCGCCCGUCGGCUCGGCAGGGCACGGCCGCGGCCCGGGCCCUCCACACGCGACACAGCUCAAGUCGGACCACUUGUACUGCAGGGCAAAUUCCGAGGGGGGCCCGGCGGCGGUGGCAGCGGCAGCGGCACCGGCCGCAAACUCUGACGCGCUGUGCACCUCAGCCCUGAAGCGCAGCCUGCAGGCCGUGAUCGACACCGAGAAGCGGAAACUGGUCUGCCGGAAGAGGCGCCUGAUCGUGCGGCAGAACGCCAAGCUGGAGGGCAUCUUUGCCGACCUGAGAAAGAAGCGCCUGGUGGGCGAGGAGAGCCUGCAGGUGCUCCAGAGCUCGCUGAGUCGGCCUAACUCGCAGCUUCUCAAACGGCCGCGGGCAAAGUCGGCCGAGUUGCGGACAUUUGCCCUGACGCUGCACCUCUAUUCGCCGAAGGCUUACGCCUACGUCAGGAACACGUUCAGCACGUGCCUGCCCCAUCCGCAGAUCGUCUCCCGGUGGGGCCAAGCGGCCGCCGGGGGAGCCGGAUUCACGCGGGAAGCGCUGGACGCGUUGGAGAGGAUGAGCGCGGAGGCGAGAGCGGCGGGCAGGACUCCGCUCUGCGCCCUGGUGGCGGACGAAAUGCCACUCCGACCGCACGUGGAGUGGGACAGGCGGCGUUACCACGGGCGCGUCGACCUGGGCACCGGCCUCGACGCAGACAGUUUGCCCGCGGCCAGGGCAGCCCUGACGUUCAUGCUGGUCGCCAUCAACGCCUCCUGGAAACUGCCCGUCGGCUACUUUCUUAUCGACGGCCUCUCCGGCUCGGAGCGGGCCAAUCUGGUGAGGCGGUGCCUGUCGGCGGUCCACGACGCCGGCGCGCAGGUCGUCUCGCUGACCUUCGACGGUGCUGCCGCCAACCUGUCGAUGGCGAGGGCCCUCGGCUGCUGCCUGGAGCCGAGCGAGCAGCUCAAGACUCACUUCGAGCACCCCGUCACCGGCGAGCCCGUCUUCCUCUUCCUCGACCCCUGCCAUAUGCUGACGCUGGUUCGCGACGCCCUGCGGGAAAAGAGGUCCGUGGCGGACGGCAGCGACGGCCUCGUUCUGUGGGACCACGUGGAGCGAUUGGGUCGGCUGCGGCCACGCGAUGUUCGUUCCCUGCGACAGAGGCUGAGCGCCGCCCAGCUCGCCUGGUUCGCAGGGGAGGCGGAGGCGAGGCCGGCCGAGCGGCUCGUGAGCGCCUCUCUCGCCGACGCGAUGGACGUCUGUUCGGAGAUGGAAGUUCCCGGCUUUGAGAAUUCCCGACCGACCGCGACGUUCGUAAGGCACAUGAGCCGGCUGUGCGACGUCCUCGACUCGCGCAACGUGCUGUGCAAGGAGGGUUGGAAGAAACCCGUGUCGUUCGAGAACCUCGGUGAGGUUCGGGAAUUUGCCACGGACGUUCAGGACUACAUCCGGACGCUGAAGGACUCCGAACGCGGGGACCGGCUCGUCCUCUCCCGGCGCAAAACUGGAUUCAUCGGCUUCCUCGUCUGCUGCCGGAGCGUCGUGGCUCUGUACGACCAUGCGUUUUCCAAACACAAACUCCGGUGCCUUUGCACCUACAGGGUCAGCUGGGACCACCUAGGAAUGUUUUUCGAUGCCGUGCGGUCUCAGAGCGGCGGCGGCGGCGACAAGGACCCGACGGCUCGGCAGUUCGCGUCCGCGUACAAACGCGCUCUCGCCGCGCACGGUGGGACGGGAGAAGGGGCGUCCGCGGGAACCGGUGCAGCGGCGCCGGACUCGGCCUCCGCCCUUCGGGCGUCAUCCUGCGGCGGCCUCCGAGCCGUGCAGCUCAUCAACACGAGCGCCGAGAGGGCUCGAGCGGUCGGCCAGGACUCGCUGGGUUUCGACCCGUCGCCUCCGCGGUCGCCGUCGGCGAAUUGCGGCUUCUCGCGUCUCCCGGUUCCAGCCGACGACCCCGAAUGGUCCGACCGCGCGGUGGCGUGCGUGGCGAGGUUCGUGACGCGGAGGCUGAGGGCCGCGCUGACAUGCGAGCGCUGCGCAGGGGCGCUGUGCGGCGCGGCGCAACGGAGGUGCUGCCCGCUGCCGCCGCCCCCCAGCGACGACGUCGUCCGCAUUUGCCGGCUGAGCGAGCGGCUGUUCCGCGAGGAUCGGCGUCUGAGCAACGUUGCCGCUGCGCCGAGGCGCGGGCUACGCGCCCUCGCGGCGGCCGUGCUGGAUUCGUACCGCGGGAGGGACUUCUUUGCGGCUCACUCGAGUCACAUGUUCGAGCAGGAGCCGCCCGGCAACCACCUGGUGCUCCUGGUGCAGGCGGUGGCGUGGUCGUACCUCGCCGUCCGGUUUCGGCAGGAGAGGGCAGAGAGGAAACGCGCGGAGACCCCCGCCCCCGCGUUCGGCCUCUACGCAAAGUGCGCCCUUGUCUGGUGACCGACGCCAGGGUUGGUUGGCUUUGGGAAUGAACUCCCAAGUGAUUAAAACGUUCUUACAAGCG